GAAUUUUCAUACUCAUAAUCCAAUUCGUCUAGUUGCUUACGAAAGCUCUCUCUCUCCCCUCUUUUUUACCGCAUUAUCGCAUAUAUGUGUACAUAUACUAUUAUGCACUAUAUCCAUAUCUAUAUAUAGUUAUAUAUAUAUUUUUCAUUAUUACCUUCUCUCUCUACAUACCUCAGCUAAAUCAAGUAGGGUUGAGCCACCACCAUGCAGGGAGGCGGCGAUGCUCAAUUCAACACCGUCCGUGGAGGCGGUUCUUCUGGUGGUGGUGGUGGUGGCGGGACGGUGGGGGUUCAGAUCCAUCACACUCGGAGACUGCCGGAUUUUCUACAAAGCGUGAAUCUGAAGUACGUAAAAUUAGGUUAUCAUUAUCUGAUCUCGCAUCUGUUGACUUUAUGUCUCAUACCUGUAAUGGCUGUGAUUUUGGUCGAGGUUUCACAAAUGAACCCUAAUGAUAUCCGCCAAUUGUGGCUUCACCUUCAAUACAAUCUUGUGAGUGUUAUAAUUUGUUCGGCCGUUCUGGUCUUCGGAUCGACGGUUUAUAUCAUGACACGUCCUCGACCGGUUUAUUUGGUUGAUUACGCGUGUUAUCGUGCUUCUGAUAAUCUCAAAGCCCCUUAUCACCGUUUCAUGGAGCACUCGAGGCUCACCGGAGACUUCGAUGAGUCCUCCCUCGAGUUCCAGCGCAAGAUCUUGGAGCGCUCGGGGCUCGGUGAAGAGACUUAUGUCCCCGAAGCGAUGCAUUACAUCCCGCCACGGCCGUCUAUGGCGGCGGCCAGAGAGGAGGCUGAGCAGGUCAUGUAUGGUGCUUUGGAUAUCCUGUUUAGAAAUACUCGUGUUAAAGCAAAGGAUAUUGGAAUUCUUGUUGUGAAUUGUAGUUUGUUUAAUCCGACACCUUCGCUUUCAGCCAUGAUUGUUAAUAAGUAUAAAUUGAGGGGUAAUAUUAGGAGUUUCAAUUUAGGAGGAAUGGGUUGUAGUGCUGGGGUGAUUGCAGUUGACCUUGCAAAGGACAUGUUGCAAGUUCAUCGGAAUACUUGUGCUGUUGUUGUGAGUACUGAAAACAUGACCCAGAAUUGGUAUUUCGGAAAUAAGAAGUCUAUGUUGAUACCCAAUUGUUUGUUUCGAGUUGGGGGUUCUGCGGUUUUGCUGUCGAACAAGUCUGUUGACAGAAGGCGGGCCAAGUAUAAGCUUGUUCAUGUUGUGAGGACCCAUCGCGGGGCAGAUGAUAAGGCUUUUCGUUGUGUUUAUCAAGAGCAAGAUGAUGCAGGGAAGACUGGUGUUUCUUUAUCAAAAGACCUCAUGGCAAUUGCCGGCGGGGCUCUUAAAACCAACAUCACAACAUUAGGUCCUCUUGUGCUGCCAAUUAGUGAACAACUUCUAUUUUUUUCCACUUUAUUGGUUAAGAAGUUGUUCAAUGCAUCUGUCAAGCCUUAUAUCCCAGAUUUUAAGUUGGCAUUUGAUCAUUUCUGUAUACAUGCUGGAGGAAGGGCUGUGAUUGAUGAGCUGGAGAAGAAUCUGCAGCUGCUACCAAUUCAUGUGGAGGCUUCUCGGAUGACUCUCCACCGAUUUGGGAACACUUCAUCGAGCUCCAUUUGGUAUGAGCUGGCAUAUAUUGAGGCCAAGGGGAGAAUGCGCAAGGGUAACCGAGUCUGGCAGAUUGCAUUUGGGAGUGGUUUCAAAUGUAAUAGUGCUGUAUGGCAGGCACUUCGGAAGGUACAACCAUCUUCCAAUGGUCCCUGGGAGGAUUCCAUCCAUAAGUACCCCAUGAAAGUUGUCACCUAGUCAACAAGAAGUUGGUUUGGACUCUUCAUUCAGGGUAUUGCUCAUUACUAGCCUAGCCUUCUGUAUCGUCUUCUUUAUUUUCUGCUAUUGUACUUUACUGGUCCUUUUUAUAUUGUUAUUGAAGUCAGAAUGUGGUUUUUCU